AUGGGUAUUCCUUUCGACUACGCGCCCGAGAGGCCAGAGCACAUUGACGCCAUCCUGAACGGACUCGACCGCUACAACCCCGAAACGACGACAGUUUUCCAGGACUACGUCUCGUCGCAAUGCGAAAACCAGACCUACGACUGCUACGCCAACCUGGCCCUGCUCAAGCUCUACCAAUUCAACCCCCACCUCGGCCGUGAAGAGACCAUCACCAACAUCCUCGUCAAGUCUCUGACCGUCUUCCCCUCCCCCGACUUCAGCCUCUGCCUCGCCCUCCUCCCUCCUCACGUCCUCGCCCCCAACCCCGCCGCCAACUCCCUCGCCGAAGCAGUCCAAAAGCUCAACACCCUCCACAGCCAAUUGAUCGGCGCCUCGUACGACCAAUUCUGGUCCUCGCUGGACGGCGAUGACCUCUACGCCGACUUGAUCGCCGAUGUCCAGGGCUUUGAAGAGUUGAUGCGCGUGCGCCAGGCUGUUGUUAUCAGCCAGACCAUGCAGAGUGUUGACCGUGCCGUCCUUGAGUCGUGGCUCAACCUCAACGGUGAGGCCUUCGACAAGUUUGUCAAGGAGGUUUGCGGAUGGACUGUUGAGGGUAGCACCGUCAGCAUUCCUCUGAACAAGGAGAAUGAGGCCAGAGGAACCGUCGUGCGCGAGAAUGUCAAGUUUGACCAAUUCUCAAGAAUGAUCAAGAGAGCAUACGAGCAACCCGCAUAAACAAAUGGGACAGAAACGUAUUUGGUGACACUGAUACGAAAGCAUGGCGUUCUACGGAUUUUUCUAAUAGAGCGUACGACAAAAGCUCAGGGAUAUUUGGUGGGCAACACUUCAAACAAAAAGUCGUAGUCACACCUUUUUGUGUUCGUGGCAUUAGAACGAGAAGCAUGAGAAAUAGUAUGCUUCUUUUCAAAAACUAGAAGAACAAACAAUGACAAAUGACCGUCAAUG